UUAUCAGCUGCCUGUGGAUUAAUGUGAAGACAUGGAGUCACCAAAGAAGACUUAAAACAGGCAGUAAACAGUGAAGCCCAGCUAUGUUCAGAGCAGUAUUUGGAAACAAGAGAGAUGGGGGAGGAAAGCGAGGGGAAAAGAAGAACCAGAGACGUCCAGGUGGUGAAGUGUACGCCCACAGCACCCUGCAGAGGACUCGUGGCCAGCGUGCCGCUCACUUCCAGGACCGUGACGGCGGCUACACCGAGAGCCCGGUAAAACUGAUGAGACUGACCAAGGGUGUGUCCAUCUCUUUACCGUCCUCCCCUCUUCUCCCUCGCCAGCCCGACAUAGUUCCCUCCCAGUCGUGCAUCAAGUUCCCAGGACGGGUAAGGAAGCUGGAGUAUGUGGAUGGCUCUUCCAGUGCGAGAGAACCUCUUGUCUUUGCCUCGUGCCGUGGCAAGGCAGACCACAGAGACCUCCACGUGGAGCCCCCUCCUGGCUCCUCCCUCUCUACCCAGGAACUGAUGACCAGACUAUGCUUCUUACUGGGAGAAGCAACGGCCGGCACUGCUAGCUCUCCUAUGGAGGACAGGAGGGAAAAGAAGUGUGACACCUCUGCCCAGGGGGAGAGUCCCAGCUCCACUCUGACCUGCAGCACUGCCUCCCCCUGUUCAGAGAGCCCCUCUUCCACCUUGAGCACCAGUGCUGGAGGCCAGUCUUUGCCCCAGCCUUUACCCUUACCUUCUCCCCACUGUGGCUCGAGCAUCAGCCCCAGUGGAACCCUCUCCAGCCCUGCAUCCAGCCCUGCGCCUUGUCCUGCUCCCGGACUCACCACUGGGUGCAGCCCUGGGCCUCCAUCCCAAAGCCCCACCUCAACCCUGGAGAGCAAGGAUAGCGGAAUUAUAGCAACCAUCACUAGUUCGUCUGAGAAUGAGGAGCGCAGCGCCUCCAGUGAGGUUCUGACUAAGGACAAAGGCCCUGGGGACGGUGCUGGUGCAAUGGGCCAUGCAAGCGAGGACCGCCAUCCUGGGCCAACCAGAGACAAUCUGACAGCCCAACCAGAUGAGGCCUUACCUAGAACUGACAUCAUGGAGCCCAGGACUCCACCAGCACCCAAAAGACCGCUUCCACAGCACCACAUACACAACACUUCCUCCCUUGCGAUGCCUCGUCCAAAUUCGGUUGCAGCAACAAGCUCCACUCGACUGGAGGAUCUGAGUUAUCUGGACAACCAAAGGGCUGCUGGGCACAGGAGCUCUGUCCGCAAACACAACACAGCUGGACGCACAAGUGAUGACUCCAAAGGGAGAUUGGUGCCAUUCAAACAAGCCGAUAUCAUGCUUAAACCGCUGCUGUUCGAAGUCCCCGGCAUCACAGCAGAAACGCCUUUCGUCGGCCGGGAUUGGCUCUUUACACGUCUGGAGGAGGUCCUGAGAAAAACGAGCAGCUGUGAGGGGCGCGGUGCUGUCAUUGUUGGUAACGCAGGAUCAGGCAAGACCGCCAUCAUCUGGCGGCUGGUGACGCUCAGCUGUCACGGUAUGCGCACGCCACAGGGAGGUCCCAGCAUCCCUCACAGUCCCGGCUCCUCCCCUAAAUGUGGGGAUAGGCAGGGAAAAGCAGCUUCUAAACAGCCAGCCGAUUCCCAGCCCAACCAGAGUGCUGCUGCAGGAACAAGCGAUAGCACAGCGCAGAGGAAGGAGGCUGUCAGAUGCCUAGCUGCCAAGGUGGUAGCAUACCAUUUCUGUCAAGCUGACAACACCUACACCUGCCUUGUACCUGAGUUUGUGCACAGUGUCGCCGCCCUGCUGGCCAGAGCGCCGCAGCUCGCCGCAUACAGGGAGCUGCUUAUACAAGAGCCUCACCUACAAAACACACUCAGCUUGCGUUCCUGCGUUCAGGACCCCAUCGCGGCCUUUCGAAAGGGUGUCCUGGAGCCCAUAGCCAGCUUGCGCAAGGAGCGGAGGCUACCUGAUGAAGAAUACAUUAUAUUGGUUGACAGUCUUAAUGAGGCUGAAUUCCAUAAACCAGACUAUGGGGACACUAUUGCUACCUUCAUCACCAAAAUAAUCUCCAAAUUCCCCCUCUGGCUCAAGUUGGUGGUCACCGUCAGGACUGGCCUGGUGGAAAUCACCACCCUUCUUCCUUUCUCCGGCAUUUCUCUGGACAUCUUGCCAGACAGCAGUGAUCUGGGAGCUGACCUCAGUGACUACAUCCAUCACCGGGUCAGCAGCAGCACCCAGGUUGCCACGAACGUCACCACGCCAACAGGCUCUGCCCCCGAUCCCCUGCUCCUCAGCAAGUUCAGCAGCCAUCUGUCAACACGCAGCCAUGGCUCCAUCCUCUACCUUCAGCUCACCCUGGAUCUGUUCCACAAAGGCCACUUGGCUCUGAAAGGAGGAAAUUACCUGGUUGUGCCUGUCUCACUGUCAGAGGUGUACCUGCUGAUGUGUCGUGUGAGCUUUCCGGAUAAAGAAGUCUUUGAGAGGGUACUUCCGGUGCUAAAUGUGGCACUGGCGUCUCUGCACCCACUGACUGAUGAACAAAUGUUCAGGGCACUGAAUGCAGGCAGUGUGAGGGGGGAGCUGGAGUGGAAGGACUUCCAGCAGAGAUUAGACAGCCUGGCUGGAUUCAUGGUUCGACGCAGAGACGGCACACGAAUGCUGUGUCAUCCCUCCUUCAGAGAGUGGCUUGUGUGGCGAGCCGAUGGAGAAAGCACUGACUUUCUCUGUGACCCCAGGAGUGGCCACGCUCUCCUGGCGUUCAUGUUCUCCAGACAGGAGGGCAAAUUGAACCGGCAGCAGACUAUGGAACUGGGACACCACAUCCUCAAAGCUCACAUAUUCAAGGGUCUGAGUAAGAAGACAGGUGUGUCCUCCAGCGUUCUUCAAGCCAUGUGGGUAAACUGCAGCACCGACAGUCUGUCCGCUGCACUGGCCUCCCUGAGGAACCUGUACACACCUAACAUCAAGGUAAGUCGUCUGUUGAUGCUAGGUGGCGCUAGCGUGACCUGGUGUACAGAGGUGAUAGGACAUGCUCCCAUCCUGGCUGUCCACGCUCACCUGGGGCACGUGGAGAUGGUCGCUCUGCUUCUUGAAAUGGGCGCUCCUGUCGAUGGGACCACUGACAGCGGCAUGACGCCCCUCUGUCUGGCCGCCGCCGCCGGACACGCCGACAUCGUCAGCCUGCUCUGCAAGAAAGCAGCCAAGGUGGGCCAUGCUGAUAAGAAUGGCCAGUGUGCGCUGGUCCACGCUGGGCUGAAGGGCCAUGCAGAAAUCAUCAACAUCUUGCUGGGCCAGGAUUGGGGAGCAGAGAUUCCCACUGACCCACAGCAGCACCACAGUAAUGAGAGUGUGACCGGGAAAACACAGGCAGCACAGCAGGCAGUUACAGCUGCAGCGAGCGUGGGGCACACACAGGUGGUGAAAAGCAUGCUGGACUUGAAAGACGAACAGCUGGCAGUGCAGAUGGAUGCUCACGACUCACUCUGGGGAGAAACGGUGCUGAGCGCAGCAGCAGGGAGAGGGAGGAUGGAGAUGUGUGGGUUCCUGCUGGAGAGGGGGGCAGAGCUGGAGAUACCAAACCGCCGAGGAAUGGCCCCGCUGCUGAGCACCAGCAAGCACGGACACACACAGGUUGCAGAGUUGCUGCUGAAGCAAGGCGCAGACAUCAACGUCAGCGACAAGCAGGAUCGCACUGCUCUGAUGCUGGCUGCUUCUGAGGGCCACACGAGCACCGUUGAACUCCUUCUGUCAAAAGGUGCCUCCCUGUCCUCUGCUGAUCAAGAGGGGCUGACUGCACUUAGCUGGGCCUGUAUGAAGGGCCAGAAAGGAGCCGUGCAGCUUCUGGUGGAGGCUGGAGCAGACCUGAACCAACCUGACAGACAGGGACGGACUCCACUUGACCUAGCUGCCCUGAACGGGGAUGCAGAAACAGUGCAUUGCCUGGUGGACCAUGGAGCGGUGCUGGAGAGAGCAGACAACAACGGUAACAGAGGUUCAGACCGAGCAACCGGCUGCCAGAACCCGGCCCUGGUGGCGUCGCUGCUUAAGAAAGGAUCCAAGAUGGGCUACAGAACGGCCCCACAUGAUCGAUCAGGUCACGCUACGUGGGCUAUGGCUUCCUCCAAACCAGACAUUCUCCUCAUUUUGCUGCAGAAGCUCAUGGAGGAAGGGAACAUGCUCUACAAGAAAGGACGCAUGAAGGAGGCCGGCCAGCGUUACCAAUACGCCCUGAGGAAGCUGCCUCGUGAGGGGCAAGGAGAGGAGCUGAAAGGGCUCAAAGACCUGCGAGUCUCCCUCUAUCUCAACCUUUCACGCUGCCGCAGGAAAACCAAUGAUUUUGGCAUAGCCGAGGAGUUCGCAACAAAAGCCCUGGAACUCAAACCGAGAUCUUACGAGGCAUAUUAUGCCAGAGCCCGGGCCAAAAGGAGUAGCAGGCAGUUUGCUGCAGCGCUGGCAGACCUCCAUGAAGCAGCACGACUCUGCCCGUCCAACCGGGAGAUCCGGCGCCUGCUGGCACGAGUAGAGGAGGAAUGCAAACAUCAUCAGAAGUUAUCCAGCAGCAACAACACAGCGCAGGGUUACGGCAGGGACCCUCACACCCACCACCAUCAAACCACGGAGGAAGAGGCGGACGUCUUUUCACAGGGAAGUCUCGAGAGGCAAAUCCCAGCUGAGCAGGGCGACGCAGACAAGGACGAGGAGAAGGAGGAGGGGGACGAGGUGAGCCUGCAGUGUGGGAAAAGUCCAGACUUCUGGCCCCUGAAUCCAUAUGCUCCUAACAGGACUCUCCCCGGAGGUGUGGCCUUUGGUUUAGGAGAUCAGUCGCCUUGUUUCCCUCAAGAGGACUAUGUACAGAACCAGGUGUUUGUGGAUCUGCCUGAGCCUGUUCCUGCUAUCCACAAGCAGACCCAGAACCAGGGCACCAGAACUCAUCACCACUGCCACUCCCUCCAGUCAGGGAGCAGAGUUGGGGGCAGACCUCUCUCUCUGUGUGGCCCCUCUAGUCCUCUGCCAGGUAGACACAUGUCCACCUCCCUGAGGCCUGCGGCAGUAAUGGGUAUUGACAUCGGCCCGGGAUCAGCCAACGAACACUCUGGGCACAGCCCCACUGAGCACUAUCACCCCAUGUCCCCCAACAGCUCCUCCCCACCUGGACCUCUUCAGAUGUACCAGCCACGCUCCUCCAGUUUCUCCAGGGGCUCUGACAGACUCUCCACCCACUCGGUGGCUCUGGACGGCCUGGCUCUGGCUCUGGGGUCCGGUAUGGAGGUCAGGAGGGAGGGUGGCGGAGGAGGAACAGCCGGCUCAAGGGGCUCCAGCUCCAGUCAGGCCUCCAGUGGGAACCUGUCAGAUGGAGGCAGGCAGCAGCUACCAGACGCUCCGUGCCCCAUCAAGAGCAGCGGCAGCUUCAAGACGAAGCCUGAGCUGAAGCCGCGGCCCUUCAUGGGGGUCAUGGACAAAGCAGUGCGAGUCCAGGGCCAGCAAAGUACCGGCCUGAGCCGACAGGGGCAGAGUGGAGGAGGAGGAGGAGGAGGAGGAGUCGGGGAGAGCUUCAGUAUGUCGGUAAUGGAGUUUCAAGGGCUGAACAAUGAGUUCAAACGCGCUUCAUUCCAGGAGCAGCUCUCUGCAAGUCAGACCAACAGCCAGCAGCAGAGCCGCGAGUUCGGAGACCGGCUCCACCAGCGAGAGGCCAGAGGCACGACGUCCUCCCAGCUACGCUUCCCCGACGGGAGGCACCGGCAGGCGAGCCUGACGAGAGACAACCCGGCUCUGCACAUGGCUCCCAUAAAACCCAAACGCUCAUUUAUAGAAUCCAACGUGUGAAGAUAGUUUAUUAAAGCACAGAUACAGGCUGUUCUCAACAAGCUAUGUGGCACAUAAGGUAGCAAGGGAGUCUGUGGUGAGAACAGCUCCCUUCCCUGAGCCUGUUUUGUAGAUUUUAUGCUGCUGCACUGCAUUUACAAUCUAGAACCAGUGUUCAACUCAGGCUACUAUGCUUUUGCUUACAUGUAUACAGCUACACUAGUGUAUUCAAGAAAACCAGACAUACCUUAAGUAGGGAUUAAAAAAAAAUAAGUAGUAUAUGGUCUCAACUUUUAAUUUAUUAUCUCAAACAUAGAAGUCAGAGAAAGCUUUGUGCACGAAUAUACAAAACCUCACGCUAUUAGUUGCAGGAUAUGACCAUUUCUAUUGUCAAGUGUCUUUUAAAAACAUUUAUAUUUGUAUGGUGUACACUAUAUUUGCAGAUUAUAUAUUUCCCUGUAAGUGGUUAUCUGUCAGCAUUACAGGCUUCAAAAGAAAUUACUUUGUGUACUUGAGAUUCUUUUUCUUGGUACAUUUGAUAAAAAAAAAAAAAAAGAGGCACUAUACAUGACAUUGUUGGAAACUUCUUGUCACAAUCUAACACUGAAUUGAUCGCUUCAAUAUUCACAGUAUAUGUUAUUUAUUUUUGCAUAGCAGAGAAACAUGUUCUUAUGAAGUGUUUAUUGAUUUAUUUGGACACAGAGAGAGCAUUUACAGAGUGUAGGAUAAAAAAAAACAACUUAAGAGACUUACUACAUUGCUGUAUGUCCAUAGUCGUCACAUACCCCUUUUCAGAUUCAUACUAUGGUAUACAGAAUGUUGCCACAACAUUACUGUGGUAUAAUAAAAUAUUAAUGGAG